AUGGAGAAUGCUAGCAGGAAAGAUUGGUCUCGAAAGCUCGAUGAUGCCUUGUGGGUAUAUCGAACUGCUUUCAAGACACCUACUGGCAUGCCACCAUUUCAACUGGUCUAUUGGAAAGCUUGCCACCUACUAAUAGAGAUGGAGCACAAGGCGUUAUGGGCAAUCAAAAGGUUGAAUCUAAAUGAGAAGGAAGCAACAGAGCUGAGACUGGGGAAAUUGAAUGAGAUAGAUGAAUUCUAUCUCAGGGCAUAUGAACAAGCAGAUCUAUAUAUAGAAAAGUGGAAAAAGUACCAAGAUUCGAGAAUAGAGAAAUGA